AGAGAGGGGGAUAGAGAGGGGAGAGUUUGGAGAGAAGCCGGGGACUGCCCAUGGUGGAGGGGCGGAGCAGUAAGCAUGCGCUGAGCUGGCAGACUCCGAGCUGGUCCUGACGGGCUGGCUGGGCUCCGGGCGGCUGUCUGUGCGCUUCAGACGGUGGUGGGGAGACUACCCUCAACACUCGGCGUGUCCUCGAGUGCGCAGAACAAGAAAAAAGCAGCAGGAGAGUCACGGGGAAAGCUGAAAAAAAAUAGAAAAGAAAGCAAAAAGCCCCACCUCGGUAUCUGGAAAAGCACCGAAGAGAAAGGAGACGAACCUCCCCUUCUAUCCCACACCCCGUCGCCAACCCGCCCUAUCUACCCGACCCACCAGUUCGUGCCAUCCCUCUGGUUCGGACCGCCCUCCCACCCCGCCAGGAGAACCACGACCACCCAUAGGAAACCCCCACUUGACGAGCGUUGCCAUUACGCGAUGCGCUUUGAAUUGGAAGAAAUUACAUUUGCCUUUUUGAUGCACUACACAGCCAGUGGUCUUCGUUUUUCCUCAGCGGGAACACUUCAGGCUACGGAUCUGGGUGUUUACACUUUUUGACGGGUUUCCCGUAGCAUGAUAACAUGCAGAAUCCAUCAUCCUACGGAAACAGACAAGGCUGUCAUUCCUUAGAUUAGUCUCUAUUUAAACAACCAGCUGUCACAUACGCUGCGUUUGAGCUCAUGUUUGAUUUUCCAUGCUUAGAAUUAUUCCUGACAAUGGUCUGGGAACAGACCGCCUCUCUAGACACCUAGACAUAUUUUUUUAAGACGCUCAGUGUUUUGUUUUUAUCAAAGAAAAAGAGACAAAUCGACGAGGAGUCAUUUGACACCGACGCCGCUUGAGCCAUAUAGGACUUUGCGUGCGAAGUUUGCACCGGGAAGAGGGGGGCCAAGUCGGAGAUAUCUCCGCCAUAUCCACGGCAUUUUCGCCUUUAAGGUGGGAGGUCAGCGGGUCGCGGUCAUGCUGUCCCUGGAUGAACCCCUGGACCUGAAGCUCCCUCGAAGGGCUAAUGGGCGGGACAGGGGGGCACGCUCGCCCCCGCUUUCUCCACUGCACCCCAAGCGAGCUCGCCAGCUCCGCAUGGCAGAUGAUGGCACUGCUGUCAUUGAGCCCGCCUCACCAGCAUCUCCACACACAGGUGUGCAGGUGGUCCCACAUGAUCGAACAGACACCCCAACUCCCCCUGCAGUGGACCUGAGUAUGUCUCCCUCGUCUCGGCACACGCCUAGCUCUCCAGAAAUGACGAACGGCAACUACAUCCCCUCAGGGGCCUUUCAGUUUUUCGUGCCAAUCGGAGCUGGUGCAGGACUUCACUUGCCGUCAUCCAUGUUCAUUGGCCAGACAAGCGACAAGAGAGCCUCUCCUGACCUCUCAGCAGACGAACAACUGGCCUGCCACUGGAAAAAGUGCCAUCUGCUCUUUGACUCCCUGCAAGACCUGGUGGAUCAUGUCAAUGACUUUCAUGUGAAACCUGAAAAGGAUUCUGGGUACUGCUGUCAUUGGGAGGGCUGUGCCCGCAAAGGGAGGGGUUUCAAUGCUAGGUACAAGAUGCUCAUCCACAUUCGCACCCACACUAAUGAGAAGCCCCAUCGCUGUCCCACCUGUAACAAAAGCUUCUCACGCCUAGAGAACCUCAAGAUACACAACAGAUCUCACACAGGUGAAAAGCCCUACAUUUGUCCAUACGAGGGAUGCAACAAGCGGUACUCCAACUCCAGCGACCGCUUCAAGCAUACACGCACACACUAUGUGGACAAGCCCUACUACUGCAAGAUGGUGGGCUGCCUGAAGCGCUACACAGACCCCAGCUCUCUCCGCAAGCACAUCAAGGCCCAUGGGCACUUUGUGGCCCAAGAGCAGGGCUCCCCAGGUGGGGUCGGCUCUCUGCUUAGAGGUAGUCAGAGUGGAGGGCUAGCCAGUGAGGUGGGAAAGGAUUCAGAGCUGUCCUAUGUCAGUGCAGCCCACAUUAUCAUCCCAGGGGCAGCGGCUGCUCUCCUGGGAGGCCAUGCUCUGCAAGGUCUUGCUGGUGGUCUGGCUAUGUCUCCCCUCAGUCCUCGUCCCCUGGACCUCAGCACACUGGGUUGUCCCAGCUCACCUCCAGGCAGCCUGGGGGGCACGUCCAUCCUGUCCUUCAACGGAUCUCCACUGGGCCUAGCCAAGUCCCCUUUGCUCUCCCCAGCAUUCCCCUCCUCGGCCCUCGGCCUGUCCAUGGUUCCCAUGAUGGGGGCCUCAUCUGAGCGAAGGGUCCACAGCCACCAUGGAAAGAAGGGCCGAGGGGAUGAGGCCAAGAACGAGGUGACUGGUGGGGUCCUUAACCUCUCCACAGGAGGGUCUCAUGAUCCUCUGUCCUGGGUGGUCAUCCCUCCAGGCACCGUGGUGCUUAAGCCAGCUGUGGUCAACUGAUACACACACACACCCGCACACAUGUUCACACAUGAACAGACACACAUACAGACACAUUCCAGAAGAGCUCAGGGGGUUGGGAUGACAGGAUAAAUGCCAUAGAGGGGAUAUAGAUGGUUAAAGGUGAUGAGGAUCGGCUCGCACAAUCAAAUCCAGGCAACGCAUUUCAGAGAGUGGUUGGAAAAGUGGAAAUCUAUAGAGAAACAAUCUUAAUCAGCAAAAUUAUAGCUAACAUUACACCUCACAAGAACUAAGUAUACAACGCAAGCCUCUUGUUUGAUGGGAAACAAAACUCGGGGCCCAAGAACUCUGUUCAAGACCUUAUAUGGUCCUGUAUUUCUAUCACAAGGCCUGACAUUAGGCUCCUCUUUGCUCUCAUGUUUUGUACUUCACUCAUUCCUUUUUGCUGGUUCUGUGGACAAGGACCAUGAAGGUCUUAGUGCUCUGUGUUCUCACAAAAGUCUUCAAUGAUAUAGUAUUUAUAUGCUACCUGUACUUCAAUGACAGUGUGCCUCUAGCUUAGUAGUGAGAUAGACACACCAUGAAACUAAAUGACGCUCUCACCGCUAGGCUAACGUGCACGUAAUAGGAAGAUUCUCCAUGGUUGAUUUUUAAAACUAUGACCUAUUUUUCACAGGCCGCUGUGAUUAAUAUGAUUCAGACAGGCUUGCCAUACCAAAGCAAGUGAACUCCAACUGUCUUAGCUUCUCAGCUCUGAGACAGUUCAGUAAACAGAACACUCUUAAGUGUCAACUGGUUAUAGUAAUGAAACCUCAAACCUGCUGCUAACCUCUCAGCUCCUCCAGUGUAACAUAAACUGGCAGGGAGCACUUAUGACAAUCUGUCCCCAGUUUGGGGAGGGUGACCAACAAGAAUGUGUGCUAGGGGCUUUUUUGGGGGCACAGAGCAAACUGAGGACUUCACACAGACAAAUGGUGUUACAUCACCUGGCAAUGACAAAUCCUCUCUCCUUUAACUUAGGUGAAUUUUAAGGCAAGGGUGCACAUAGCUCCCCCCUCUGGUACAACACGAUACACAUCAUCCUGCUUACCAUAUACAGAACUCACACUGUUUUACUCUUGGAUUGUCCAACUGCUUUCCCGUAACUGAAUCAAUACAACCAGUUUGUGCAUGAAAGGGCCACUGUGGUGAUAAACACUAGUGUCUUGUGUUUAAAAAAGUGACCUGACCCAAAGUCAGCUGUGAAAACCAGGUGGUCAUCCAGUUGAAGCCCAACUUAGCCAUGUGGGUUGAAGUUUUUCCCCAAGUUCAACAAGUCUAAUGCAGUGCAGAAAAUACUUUGAGAGGGAAAAGAGGGAUGAAUGUGUUGUGGCAAAGAGGGGGGUGGUGUGAUGCACUCUUUGCCGCUUACAGCUGGACUGACUAGGAAGCCACACUAUUCCAAACUGCCUCAUGUUACUCUGUCCAAAGGGGCAAAAAAAAAAAGACUCAUUUGACACCUGGGAAAACAAGGUUCGAUAAAGCAGUCAAGAUGCACUUGCCACACACUUUAUUUCUUACAUGUUCUACGCAACAUUACUGCCAACUCAAUGAUCCUUCGUAAGUAUUUUGCUCUUAUUUCAUUUUUCUGCAAUUUGCUGCAGGGUCCCUCUAAGCUUGUGUUGCUCAACGCUAAUGCAUGCAUGAUGUUGACUGCACAGAGGAGAGGUCAGGGUGCAAGAGAGGGUUAUCAACACAAGGAACAUUCCCUCAAGAGACUGUCACACACACUACACGCCUUUCUCUUCUAUUCCCUCUAUCUCUCCUCUACCCAUCUGCUUAUUUUGUGGGUCCUACUUUUCCAUGCUCCAGUCUUAGGAAUAAUCAGUUAUUGCUGUUUAUAUUGUCUUCUUAUUUGUUGUUGAUGCUGUUGUUCAGACGAGACAUUUUUUCUGAUGUUGAAGUUGCUUCUUGUGUUCUGAGACGGCUGCUCUGCACUCAGCUUUCUGCUGUUGAGGAUGAGUCUUUAUAAGGGGGGAUGAGGAGGAGAUAACAUGGCAGAGAUUUGGUCAGCUUCGUAGGGCAGUGGUUUCCAAUUUGGGGGAUCUGGGAUUAUUUUGUUGAGAUACACGCAGAUUACCACAAUAUUAGAAAGAGGAAAAGUGUUAUGUUACUGAGGCAGAAUCUAAUAUGCAAUUUGAAAGUUUAGUCUGCAAGAGCAAAUCCAUUCAGAGAAUAGGAAAAAUUCUCCCCCACAAAAUAGGACAGGGAAAAAGCGGCAAGUGAUGCAGCAAAUCGAAUCAACACUGACUAUCUAGAAGGGAAACAGAAAAAACGAAAAAAGAGUUGAACCAUAACCAGGGUUGACUAACUACCUAAUCAAGGGCAGGUGUGUGAUUAGUACAGGUGUGGAUGAUCAAGGAAUUAGGAGAACUAAAAUAACAGGAGUUAAAUUUCAUUCUCCCUUCCUGUCAGACUCUUCAGGACGCUGGAUAUCUGUCUCACACAUAUUCAGGUCUGCUUGUUACUUUACCCAGAACUUUAUUUAACAAUCAUUUAUGGAUAAUAUAAAUUAUGAACACAAACAAAAUAAAGUAACAAUAAAAGGGGUACAUAUAAACUUAGAAUUAAAAACAGGUCUUUAAUGAUAAUAAUAAUAAUAAAGUUUAUUUAUAUAGCACCUUUGUAGGUCAUACAGUUUUGAUGGCUUUAAUAUCUUUAGUACUAGAAUGUAAUGAAUUACAUUUUCAUUUUAUAAUUGAAUUAGUGAAUAUUGUUUUUUUUUAAAGUCCAUUAUAUUUAUGAAUAUAAGCCUAGCCUUGCACAUGGACAACAAGAAAACAUUUCUACCCAAAUCAUUUUUAUAAUAACAGAUUAAAAUAUUUUUUUCAGAUAAGGUAAUCUUUUAAGAUACCUGGGCCACUUUACAGUUUUUACCUCUAAGCUCUGCACAAUCCUAGCUCAAUAGAUGGCAAUGGCAAUGUCAUGGUGCUCAAUUAAAUUGCCAUGACGUUUUGUACAUCAAUGUGUCCAGCGGAUAAAUCCAAAUGACUAUUUUAUUCUGUAUAUAUCGACAGCUGCACCACAAGUUGACCAUUUAUAUAUCUGUGCAAAUUUUUCAUCAACUUUUACAGACACCAAUGCUCAGGUACAACUUUAGUGCCCCACUUAACUUUUCAUCUGGCAGCAUUAUCAGGUGAAAAAUAUCCAACACUUUUUAUACAACCAAAUAACAGCUAAACUAUUAACACCCCCGUCAAUAAUCAAUAGUAAGCAGAGACAACCUCGCCAUUAAAAUAUUCAUCCAAGUAAAUAUUACCUUCCAACCAUCGGCUAUUAACAUUUUCUUUCAAUCCUGGUAGUAUUCUGUUUCUAUUACUGCUUCACAGCGUUUCUAGCAUUGUCUAAGCUCUUGGUAACUUUCAGUCUUGUUGCUUGUAAAACUGGAUUUUUUUUCCAUUCAAGCCAGAAAAACACCCAAAAUGAUUUGAUAAGAAAUGAUUUGAUGAAGAAUAAAUUAAGUUUGGUUUAAUUGCUCACAACAAUAUGACAAAAGUUGGAAACCACUGCUCUGUAGAUAAAUUAAUGACAGGAUGAUUCAGUCGACCAAAUGACAUUACAUUCCUACAUGACAUUCACACUCGUGCAUAGAGGAUGAAUAAGAAACAUGUCUGAUAAGUGUCCUCACCUAAAAAGUGUCUCAGGCUAUAUGAGGUUUCUCUUUAUCUUUGUUCUGACUCUUUCCAACAGUCAAGUAAAGAAAAACCACGAGGAAAUAUCAUUGGAUUGUGAAUUGGCAGGGAGCAUUGGGAGAGAGUGAUAGCAAGAAGAAAAAGGAUUGCCUGGAUGAGUUAAUGAAUGGAUAGGGGGAUAUGCAGAGAUGAGAGGAGAGGCUGUGUGCCAGCAUAGGAAAAGAGGCAGAAGAGAGCUGCGCUGUGCGGCCGCCUUCCAUCUGGCCACCUACCCGCCAAUUGGUCUUUCAGCUCUGAAGUCACUGGCUCUGCUGCGCCCAAUGUGGCAGCCAGUCACAGGCAUACCAGCCUGAAGAAAACUAGGCCACUGAACUCUGUCUGCCCUCUGUUUUUCUUUUUUUUUUCUUUUUUAUAGAUUAAACCCAAAAGGCUCAACUCCCCCUCCUUCCGGCCACAAAGCAUUUUUCCAGAGAUUCAGCAAACAGGCAAACUAACAAGCUGCACCACAGUAAACACAAACAACCCUCCCAUGUCUGAGGAGGAGCUCUGUGUCAUAGGAUGCAAUGCAGAAUGAACUUCAUAUGUAUGUUUCUGCCUCAGUAAUUCUUAGUCAUUAGUAUCUGAAACACUCCCUCCCCCCUCAACACACACACACACACACACACACACACACACACACACACACACACACACACACACACACACACACACACACACACACACACACACACACACAACUGUCCCUUUCUCUGGGUUCAGGCUGGGUAUUGAAGAGAAUCUCCUGCUCUGAGUGGACCAUCCUGGCCUGUGAUGUCAUUAGAAACAGGUGUUAAGUAGGCUAGACAUGGUUUCCGUGGCAACAGUGAAACCCACAGAUGCAGCGGCUCUCCUCCUCCCCCUCCCUGUCUGUACGUCUCUCCUCUGCAGGUUGAACAGGGGACAAAACUCAGCACAACAGCAGAAAGCUGAAAAAUAUGACACGGAUCCUGUCAGGGUCCACAACUUUUCCAUAUUAAAUAAGCUGUAUGAUCCAUUAACCCUUUGAGCUCAGUCUGUAAAAAAAAAAAACGCACUUUUGUUCCCCUCAUAGCGUGUGCAGAUAUUGGGAUGUUGCCACAUCCUUUCUCUGCAUAUGUGAUUAUACAUCACUUGUUUCGGGAACCAAGAAUAAUUGUAUAAAUCAUUCUCAGAUGCUAAAAUUGCUGAAUUUAAAGUCUUAUAUUUUUAAUCUUAUGAAACGGUACUUGAUCCUGGAGAUUUUAAAACAACACUCACCUAAAGCUAUGAAAAGUGGAAUUGAAAUCCUGGGCACAGAAUUCGUGUUAGCUAGCUAGUUCAGUGUCAAUGUAAAGGGGUGCCAUUGACUGAAGUGCCACAGUGUUGCACAAAGGGUUAAUGAUAAGACUAAGGCCAUACAAGGCCUGUUCCAAGUUGUUUUUGCACAUUUGUGAGAUAUUGUCAGUAUUUUAAUUUUUCCAAGUGCCUUUUUAUUAUAGGGUAAGAUAUAGAAGUUAUACACUAUAUGAAAAAAGGAUUAUAAGAAAAUAUAUUUUUCCUGGCAUCAUGUUCUGUGGUUGAACAUGCAGAAUUUUAGAGUUGUAAAAGUCUCCAAUUGGUACAACAUAGCGGUGUUCUCCUGUUUUAGAGGAAUUUUAUUACGAUAUUGAUGAUAAUGUCAAUGAAAAGAAAAUGUUUAAUAAAGUUGUAUUUGAUAAA